CGUUAGGCGCUCUGGCUGCUCCCCAGAGCGCAGGGGAGUUGGCGACUUAGUGGCCAUGGCGCGCGCUCUGGCGGAUCUAGCAGUGGAUUUGCAGGUGCCCCGGGUCGUCCCUUGCCCCGAUUCGGACUCGGAUACAGACUCGGAGGAUCCGAGUCUCCGGCGCAGCGCGGGUGGUUUGCACCGGUCACAGGUCAUCCACAGCGGACACUUCAUGGUGUCCUCGCCGCAUAGCGACUCGCUGACCCGGCGACGCGACCAGGAGGGGCCCAUGGGGGUCGCCGACUUCGGGCCGCGCAGCAUCGAUCCGACACUCACCCGGCUCUUCGAGUGCUUGAGCCUGGCUUACAGUGGCAAGCUGGUUUCUCCCAAGUGGAAGAACUUCAAAGGCCUCAAAUUGCUGUGCCGGGACAAGAUCCGCCUCAACAAUGCCAUCUGGAGGGCCUGGUACAUUCAGUAUGUGCAGCGGAGGAAGAGCCCAGUGUGUGGCUUUGUGACCCCUCUGCAGGGGUCUGAAGCAGAUGAGCACCGGAAGCCUGAGGCUGUCGUCCUGGAGGGGAAUUACUGGAAGAGGCGCAUCGAGGUGGUGAUGCGCGAAUACCACAAGUGGAGAAUCUACUACAAGAAGCGGCUCCGUAAGUCCAGCAGGGAAGGGGAUCUCCUGGCUCCCAAACAGGUGGAAGGUGGGUGGCCGCCACCAGAGCGAUGGUGCGAACAGCUCUUCUCCAGCGUGGUGCCCGUGCUGCUUGGAGGCUCCGAGGAGGAGCCCGGGGCUCGACAGCUUCUGGACCUCGACUGCUUCUUGUCCGAUAUAUCCGACACACUCUUCACCAUGACACAGCCCAGCCCCUCGUCCCUGCAGCUGCCCCCAGAAGAUGCUUACGUUGGCAAUGCUGACAUGAUCCAGCCAGACCUGACGCCACUGCAGCCCAGCCUGGAUGACUUCAUGGAGAUAUCAGAUUUCUUCACCAAUUACCGACCCCCGCAACCGCCCACAUCCUCAAACUUCCUGGAGCCCCCCAGCUUUGGCCCCAUGGCUGACUCCCUCUUCAGCAGUGGAAUCCUGGGCCCAGAGAUGCCACCUCCAGCCUCCGCUUCCUCCUCCUCGGGGAUGACCCCUCUCUCAGGGACUACCCGCCUACAGCACCAUGUGGGCCCCAGGGACUCAAGUCAAGGCUUGGAAGCUCGGAACAGCUGCCCUGGACCCUUGGACCCCAGUACCUUUAUGAGUUCUGACUUCCUUCUUCCCGAAGACCCAAAGACCAAGAUCCCACCUACUCCUAUGCCUCCUUCUCUCCUUCCAUACCCCACCCCUGUCAAGGCACAGGGCUUAGAGCCCUGCACCCCAGCUCACUUCCCUACAAUGGCUCCAGCUCCCACUUUGUUGCCAGAAGAGCCCCUCUUCUCCGCCAGGUUCCCCUUCACCACAGUCCCUCCUGCUCCAGGAAUGCCUACUCUUCCUGCUCCUACCACUUUCGUUCCCACGCAGCCACAGCCUGGCCCUAGCCCUGGCCCCGCCCCUUUCCCUGUAGACCAUCUGCCCCCUGGGUACCCAGAGCCUGCCUUUAGGCCUCACUUCACCAUACCUCAGGAUGUGCAGCCCAGAUGCAAGCCCUCCACCCCGUCCCCAGGCAGCCGGAAAGCCAGCCCCCCUACCUUGGCCCCUACCACUGCCAGCCCCACCGCCACUGCCAGAGACAACAACCCCUGCCUUACACAGCUUCUCAGGGCAGCCAAGCCUGAGCAAGCACUGGAACCUCCAGCUGUGCCCAGCACCCUCCUCCGGCCCGCAGAGUCUCCGCAGGAUACAGUCUCUGAAUUCCCCCGUGCCCGUGCCUUCUUUCCCCCAAUCCCGGCCCCUACACCACCUCAGCCACCUCCAGGCCCAGCCACAUUGGCCCCUCCCAGGUCCCUGAUUGUCCCCAAAGCAGAGCGGCUCUCACCCCCAGCACCCAGCGGCAGUGAGCGGCGAUUAUCAGGGGAUCUCAACUCCAUACCACCCCUAGGGGCACUGAGUGUCCACCUAUCUCCCCCUCAACCUAUCCUAAACCGGGGUCGCAUCGACAACAACAAGAUGGAGAACCGGCGCAUCACACACAUCUCUGCCGAGCAGAAGAGGCGUUUCAAUAUCAAGCUAGGAUUCGACACCCUCCACGGACUUGUGAGCACGCUCAGUGCCCAGCCCAGUCUCAAGGUGAGCAAAGCAACAACACUGCAGAAGACUGCCGAAUACAUCCUGAUGCUGCAGCAGGAACGGGCGGCCAUGCAGGAGGAGGCGCAGCAGCUGCGGGACGAGAUAGAGGAGCUCAAUGCCGCCAUCAACUUGUGCCAGCAGCAGCUGCCAGCCACUGGGGUGCCCAUUACACAUCAGCGCUUUGACCAGAUGCGUGACAUGUUUGAUGACUAUGUCCGGACCCGCACACUGCACAACUGGAAGUUCUGGGUAUUCAGCAUACUCAUCCGGCCUUUGUUUGAGUCCUUCAAUGGGAUGGUGUCUACCACAAGCUUGCACAGCCUCCGCCAGACCUCACUGGCUUGGCUAGACCAGUACUGUUCUCUGCCUGCUCUCCGACCAACCGUCCUGAAUUCCCUUCGCCAGCUCAGCACAUCGACCAGCAUCCUGACCGAUCCGAGCCGUGUGCCUGAACAAGCCACACGGGCAGUCACUGAGGGUACCCUGGGCAGACCAUUCUAAUCCUGGUGAAAGUUUCCACGUCCCAGGGCUAACUCGUGGGCACUCCCCUCUUGAUCCUGGCUAACUGCUUCCCUGGGAGUCUAGCAGGUUCCAGGGUUUACACUUACCACCUCCUGUGGAUGGAAAAGAACCCAGUUCCCAUCCCUGCACUAUACGAAUGCUGUGCGUUCUGGUGACUCAUACUCCAUCUAAUAACAGAGGACCCCAAAGGCAUUAGCAGCUGUGACGCUGGGUCCUAAGCCAGCAACUCAGGGAGCUCCGAGGAGAGAUGCGGUCAACCUGUGUCCUCAUGACUCCCUGCUUUUGGACAAAGAGCAUCACCCUUCCUUUGUUCCUGAGCAGGGAGGCAGAGCAGGAGAUCCCCUCUCUUUGCCCCUGCACUGGCGACAUGGGGAGCUGUAGGGUGGCUUCCUGGGUGGCCACUGAGAUCUGAUGCCAGAAGCCAUCAGGGCAUGGGGCGACCGGAGCAGGGUAGGCAUCUUGCAUGUAUGUAGAUGUGUGUGUGCGUAUGUGGAUUUUAUAAAAAAUAUUCUUGAACAAUAAAAGCAAAACUAUCUGCAGGGGUGUUGGUGUGAUGGCAGCACGUCUCACUGUGGGACACAGAGAACAUGGAGCAGCCCCAGGCGGCUAACAGGGGCCCUGUGGGUCAUAAACCACCUUUGAGGGCCUUUUCGUUUGCUUGGGUGCAGAUGAAGUGGCCCAUGCUUGUACAUGCAGGCCAGAGGCUGAUUUGGGUAACUUUCUCAUUGCUCUCCACCUUCUUUUAAAAUGUUUCAAAAAAGAUUUUAGGGCUGGGCACAGUGAUGCUUACCUUGAAUCCCAGCACUUGGGAGGCAGAGGCAGGUGGAUUUUUAUGAGUGAGGAAAGCCUGGUUUAUAUAGUGAGUUCCAGCCCAGCCAGCCAGAGAUAGAUAUUGAGACACGGUUUACACACACACACACACAAACAUGCAUACAUACAUACAGAGUUACAUAUAUGUAUCAUAUUUGGGGGGGAUUUUUUUUUUUGAGGCAGGAAUUCUCUCUCUGUUGUUGUCUUGGCUGUCCCGGGACUUGCUAUGUAGACCAGGCUGGUUUCAAACUCAUAAAGAUUAUCCUCCCUCUGCCUAAAAUUUAUUUGUUGUCAGUUUGUUUUUUGAGUCAGGGUUUCUCUGUAGCUUUGGAACCUGUCCAGGAACUUGGUCUGUAGACCGUAGUCCAGACUAGCCUCGAACUCACAUAGAUCUGCCUCUCUCUGCCUCCUGAGUGCUGGGAUUAAAGGCAUGUGCCACCACUGCCCGACCGCCUAAAAAUAUUUUACAUUACCUUUAUUUAUGUGUGUGUACACACACACACACGCAUGCCACUCCUUCCCUCAUGCAAGAUAUGGGGCGCAAACUCAGGUCAUCAACCCUGGCGGCAAGUGCCUCUACUAGCCGAGCCAUCUCACCGGCCUCUCUGCCUUGUUCUUUGAGACAGAAUCCUCCACUAGGCUGCCUGGCCAGUCAGCCCCUGAGACCUGCCUGUCUCUGCCGCCCCAGCAGUGGGGGAACCACGCCUGACUUUUUAUAUCCUUGGUUGUAAGUCUAGCCUCUAGUGGCUGAGCCAUCCCUCCAGCCCCACUCCUGGCUACAUGGGUGCUGCAGUUUUGAACUCAGGUCCUUGUGUUUAUACGGUAAGCUCUUGACCUACUAAGGCAGCUCCCAGCCUUCCACCUUGGCUUUCAUGAGUGAUGGACGCUACUGGCAUAAGACGAAACUCAAGUGAAGGUUUGGUUUUUUCCUUACUUUAGAAAAAGGUUUUUGUUUUUUUUAAUUAUGUGUGUCUGUGUGUAUGCACGUGAGUGUGGGUGCCUGCAGCAGCCAGAAGAGGGCGUGGUGUCCCUGGAGCUGGAGUUACAGAGGUUGUGAACUGCCACAUGUGAGUGCUGGGAUCCAACUCAGGACCUCUGCCAGAGCAGGCCUGCUCUUAACAGCUGAGUUAUCUCUCCAGCGAGCUCUCUCCUUGAUACAGGGUCCAUUUGUAUAUACUAGGCUGAGCUCAAGCCUCUUGCUAAGAUUGCAUGUGUGUGCCACCGUACGAGACAGAAGGAAUGAGAAUAUAACCUAAAUUGUCUUGUCUUCGUUUGGUAUGGUGAGGCUGUGCCAAGAGGCCCAGAUCUAGGGAAAACUUUUUUUUUAAUUUCCUCUUUUUUGAGGCAGGAUCUCAUGUAGUCCAGUAUGGUCUUCCUUUUCUUUUCUUUUUUUUUUUCUUUUUUGAGACAGGGUUUCUCUGAGCCCUAGCCAUCCUGGAACUCACUUUGUAGACCAGGUUGGUGUCUAACUCUGAGAUCCACCUGCCUCUGCUUUCCUAGUGCUGGGAUUGUUGAAGCCAUGUGUGGACCCCAGCAUAGCCUAAAUAUGGUAAAUAACUGGGCUUGGCCUUUAAGCCUGGUACUGCUUCUACUUUUUUAAAUGUAGAGAUUUCAGAUGGGUGUCUCCGUCACUUGUUCUGGAGAUUGAGAGGCUGGGAAGUCCAAGCAGAGGCAGGUGGCUCUUUGUAAGGGUCAGGCCAGCUUGAUCUACAUAGAGAGUUCCAAGUGAGCUACAGAGUGAGAUCCUGGCUCAAAGAAAACAAAACAAACAAAACCAACCACAUACACCCAAACUGGGGCUGUACCUCAGUGUAGAGAGUGUUUGCUUUGUGGGUCUGAAGCCCCAGCUUCAUCCGCAACUGCUAAUAAAUAGAUGAAUAAAUUUUUUAAAAUGGUGUUGUGCUGGGCGGCAGUGGCACAUGACUUUAAUCCCAGCACUAGGGAGGCAGGCAGAUCUCUGUGAGUUCGAGGCCAUCCUGGUCUACAGAGUGAGUUCCAGGACAGCCAGAGCUGCUCUAUAGAAACCCUCUCUUGAAAAACCAAUUAAAAAAAAAAAGCAUAUACUGCUCUUGAGAAUACCCAAGUCUGAUUCCA